AGGUGUGCAACUAUUGCGCAUCUAUGGUAAAUACCCGUUUUCCGCAGCUUACUGAAUGAUAGCAAAACCUGCAGUUUUGUUUAGCAUAUCCAAAACACAGCACUGCUGGAGUAUAGCACGAUUUGUGAGAGUCGUUAUUCUCUGCAAAGGAGAACGGAGGGAAUAUAGUCAGUAUAUAGUUUCAUAGAGGCUGGCAUCUUGCUUUGCUUAUCACCUGCCUAGUCUUGUGGGUAGACGUCAGUCAUCUGAGUGUAAGGACAGCAUUCAUUUCAUUUGUAUGAAAGGAGUGCAGCUUACAGCAGCAGCAUCCUUAGGGUUGUGUGAGGCACAUUUUCCAAGAGGUCUCUUGCUGGGAGCAUCCCUGGUACAGUGAGAGGCGGAUUGCGUGAGAAAUCUGACUGGAAGCAUCCUCUGGAUUUACAGAUUGGUUGGAAAUCGUUUUGCCUGGAAACUACUUCUUUCUUCCUUUUCACCACGGAAUUUGUCCUUCGGUUGUUCAUCUCUUAGGUGCUUAUCUACUUGUGGGAAUGCAGCUUUUCAUUCUUGUGUCUUGAAUCUCCAAGGAGCAUUCGUCUCGCUAAGAUUUGAGCUACUGGUUCAGUUUAGCUUGUGAUUUGUGCUGGUCUCGGGUGGCGAAAGAGCUAGUCUUGCGCAAGGAUUGAUUUGAAAUCCCAGUGCCUAGCACCACAGUAUUGUUCGGAUAAAUUCAUUUUCUCGGCACGUUGAAAUCUUGCUUCAGAAAUAACUGAUUUGUUUCCCCUAAUCAAUUAAGCUGUGCAUCUGGAAGGAGCUAGGAAAAGAAGAGGCGCCAUUAAAGGAGGGUGUUAGGACCCCAAUCCUUGAGGCAAGAGAUUAAGCGCAUCUCUUGCAGGUUGCACGGACUAUUAUUUACAGAUCCUGGUUCAAUACUGCUGUUUUGAGGCUUUGUGAUGAGAGAAGAGUGAGAAAGUGGCUCUGUUGCUCCCUCUCCCCCAUUUACAGUACACCAUGACUCUAUCAUCGAAGAAAUGCAAGGACUCUGCCACCAUUCUGACGAUCUCGGGGUACCUUCUGGUUCUGGGUUUCGGAUCUUUAGGACCGGGAUUUGCUUGGGGUAUCCCUAAGUCUUCGAAUAACUCAAUAAUACUAAAUAUCAUGGGAUUGAUGCCGAUGGGGGGCAUUGGCGAGGGAAUUAACCCGGCUGUCACGCUGGCUAAAGAGCACAUCAAAGAAGCAGCCCUGCUCGACCCCUACACCCUAGAAAUUCCACCCUUUGACACAGAGUGUGAUAAUGCAAAAGGUCUAAAGGCAUUCUUUGAAGCACUUAACAAUGGACGAUACCUCAUGGUGUUUGGAGGAGUAAGCCCAUCUGUUACAUCUAUCAUUGCGGAGUCACUGAAGGGAUGGAGUUUAGUACAGCUUUCUUUCGCAGCCACAACACCAGUUCUUACAGACAGGAAAAAAUAUCCAAAUUUCUUCCGGACUGUACCCUCAGAUAAUGCAGUAAACCCUGCAGUAGUAAAAUUUCUCAAGCACUUUCAUUGGAAGCGGGUGGGCACUCUAACUCAGGAUGUGCAGAGAUUCUCUGAGGUACGAAAUCAUUUGACCAAAGAAUUAGAAAAGGCAGAUAUUCAAAUUCCAGACACAGAAAGUUUCUCUAAUGACCCCUGCAUCAAUGUCAAAAAACUCAAGGAUAAUGAUGUCCGAAUAAUCAUUGGCCAGUUUAAUGAAAGCAUGGCAGCAAAAGUAUUCUGUUGUGCUUAUAAUGAAGAGAUGUAUGGCAGUAAAUAUCAGUGGUUUAUUCCUGGAUGGUAUCAGGCCCACUGGUGGGAAAAGGCUAACUCUACUACCUGCUCUAUCAGUAACCUUCUGACUGCCAUGGAGGGCUACAUUGGAGUCGAUUUUGAACCUCUUAGUUCUAAACAAAAUAUAACAAUAUCAGGACGGACACCGCAACAAUAUGAAAGUGAAUAUAUUAAAAGGUCGGCUGGUGUAAAAGCCAGUGAAUUUCAUGGAUUUGCUUAUGAUGGAGUCUGGGUGAUUGCUAAAACACUGAAGAGGUCAAUGGAAAUACUCCGUAAUACAAACAGCUUUGAUAAAAUACAUAAAUUUCAUUAUAAUGACCGAGAACUUGAACAAAUUUUUCUGGAUGCCAUGAACGAGACAAAUUUCUUUGGUGUUACUGGUCAAGUUAUGUUCAGGAAUGGUGAACGCAUGGGAAUCAUAAGAUUUAAGCAGUUUCAAGAAGGCCAGGAAGUGAAGGUUGGAGACUACAAUGCAAUAGCCGAUUCAUUGGAACUAAUCAAUAACAGCAUCAGGUUUCAAGGGGUGGAGCCUCCUAAAGACAAAACGAUUGUACGGCUGGAGCGGCGACAGAUCAAUCUGCCUCUCUACAGUAUUCUUUCAGCCUUGACCAUCAUAGGAAUGAUCAUGGCCAGUGCCUUUUUAUUCUUCAACAUCAAAAACAGAAACCAGAAAAUGAUAAAGAUGUCCAGUCCAUACAUGAACAACCUUAUUAUCCUUGGAGGAAUGCUUUCUUAUGCAUCUAUCUUUCUUUUUGGCCUUGAUAGAUCCUUUGUAUCAACUAGUACAUUUGAAACACUCUGCACUGUUCGAACGUGGAUUCUCACUGUUGGUUAUACCACAGCUUUUGGUGCUAUGUUUGCCAAAACAUGGAGAGUCCAUGCCAUUUUCAAAAAUGUAAAGAUGAAGAAAAAGAUCAUUAAAGACCAGAAGUUACUUGGAAUAGUCGGUGGGAUGCUGCUGAUCGACCUCUGCAUACUGAUAUCGUGGCAGGUUGUUGAUCCAUUGGCAAUGACAAUCGAAAAGUACAAUAUGGAGCCGGACCCUGCAGGUAGAGACAUUGCUAUUAUUCCUUUCUUGGAACACUGUGAGAAUACUCACAUGACCAUCUGGCUUGGCAUUGUUUAUGCAUACAAAGGGCUUCUUAUGUUGUUUGGCUGCUUUUUGGCCUGGGAGACCCGAAAUGUAAGCAUCCCAGCUCUGAAUGACAGCAAGUAUAUAGGAAUGAGUGUAUAUAAUGUGGGGAUCAUGUGCAUUAUAGGAGCAGCGGUUUCCUUUCUGACCCGAGAUCAGCCGAAUGUACAGUUUUGUAUUGUCGCUCUGGUCAUCAUAUUCUGCAGCACCAUCACCCUUUGUCUAGUUUUUGUGCCAAAGUUAAUUGCACUGAGAACAAACCCAGAUGCAGCAACACAAAACAGACGUUUUCAGUUCACUCACAAUCAGAAGAAAGAAGAUUCAAAGACAUCAACCUCAGUUACCAGUGUUACACAAACCAACACAUCUCGAUUAGAGGGCCUACAGUCAGAAAAUCAUCGCUUAAGAAUGAGAAUUACAGAGCUUGAUAAAGACUUAGAAGAAGUAACCAUGCAGCUUCAAGAUACUCCAGAAAAGACUACAUACAUCAAACACAAUCACUAUCAGGAACUGAAUGAUAGUAGUGUACAAAACUACUCCGACUGUAAAGAUGGUGAAAAGAUUGUCUUAAGAAACCACAUUGAUCAAAAAUCACAGCCGCAGUGGAAUAUGACAGAGCCCUCAAAAACAAAUACAGACACAGUUGAAGAUAUUAACUCACCAGAACACAUACAGCGCAGAUUGUCUUUGCAGCUGCCCAUUCUACACCAUGCAUACUUGCCAUCUAUAGGUGGAGUCGAUGCAAGUUGCACCAGCCCAUGUGUCAGUCCUGGUGCAAGCCCCCGGCAUAGACAUGUGCAACCCACAUUUCGAGUAAUGGUUUCAGGCCUGUAGAAUGAAUGGCCCGUACUUGUUGAACUGAUAGAUAAAGUAGUCAAUGACUGGAUUGCAUAGCUGACCUUGAAUUCUGUCAACAUGAAUCCUACUCUUACAACAGAGGAAGUGACUGCUUAGACCAUCACAGCAGGGGUCCUGACUCAACUCAUCUGGAAAGAGCAGGCUCCAGGAUAUGACCUUUAGCCUUAUUCAUCGAAGAUUUUUCUUUUCUUUUUUUUUUCUUCCUGUCAUGUAUUAGGCUGGAUUUAAGCAAUUUCUUCCUAAACUUCUACUGGGGAAACAGCUUAAAGGAAACAGGGAACUAAAGACUCAUGCAAAAAAUAAGAAUAAACCAUUAAAUAAAUUCAUAAGCUGCAAAAGAAAACAUCAGCUUAAUAAGUAAAUCUAUGCUGCAUGGUAAGUACGAAAUUGAAGCAGAUUACAUGUGCAAGCAGACAGAAUAGUUUCUAGUUUUAAAUGUUGAUCCUUUGUAAAAGGAUCAGUUACCACUGUUUCAGGUGGCUAAAGAAAACAACCACAGAUAUGUGGCAUGCAUGUUUUUCACCAGUGACAUAGCUUCCAUUACAUGUGUGCUUUUUCUCAUCUCCAUGCCACAGUGGUAGAUAUCAUGGCUUUGGAAGGAUGUGGUCUGGAAGUGAUACACUCCAGUAGCAGUUUCCCUCUGCAGCCCUAUAGAUCUUCUGUGAUAAUUUGUCUUCCACAUUCAGGAGUAAUUUACACACCUGUAAUAAUAAAAGAGAGAAGCUAUUAAUGAUACACAUUUCCAGACUGCAUAUGGGCGAAGAUAUAAACUCUCAGGUCUGACCUUAAAGUCCCUCACAUAGCAAACUGGUUGUUUUAUUUCAAGCUUAGCUUUCUCCUGGAAAAAAAAGGAAAUGUAUAAAAGGGAUGUCUAUUACAUGCCAUACAUAUAGAGACAAUUCAUAAUUACAGUAUUCCAAAAUCUUGUUUUAUAAAUCACAAGACUGCAGAACUAUGGUCUACUAAAAAAAAACAACAGACUCUGUUUACUCCCUGCAGAUUCCUGCUUCCUUGAGUGAGUAAGGGCCUGGUUUAUUUUAAAAGACAUUUGACCUUUGAAAGAAAAGAGGACUAACUGUACAUAAUGUAUACACAAAUUCACUAUAGAAAUAUUAUUCUACUAUAGCAGGAAAAACAAAUGUAUUGGACUGUUGCAGGUGAGCGUGUGUGUCUGUAACUAUUGUGAAUACCGACUGUGUGCAGUUUACUAGGUUUAAAUCAUGCAGUACAUCUUCGGUCUCAAUGAUACUGUAGUUUUUCCCAUACAGAUAUUUUGUUUUUUAAUUUCCCACAGUUAUGAAAACCCAAAACAAUGUGAUUACAGUAUAUAGCUAUAUAAUGUUUCUUUUCUUUUAUACUGCAGAAAAAAUGUACUGUAUAUUUAUGACAAGGUGGUGCCCCAAUGGCAUUUUCCAAUGAUGUUAAUGCACAAAUGCUUUAAACUAGGCUGGAACUGCCAGGUUCAAAUGUAAAUGAAGAAUUUCUUGUACCCUUAUACUGCAUGACAUCAAUUUUUAAUAAAUUGUUGCAAAUUUGUUUUAUGAAUAAAACACAAAAAACCUA